GUCUUUGUUACUGUAGUUGUUGACCUGAAACUUGCGGAGAAGGAGUUGCAGAAAGAGAUCGAAUGGGAAUAAUCAAGAGCUGUUUCUCGUUCAUUGUUGGAUCAGCUUUUGGCGUAUACUUGGCUCAGAACUACAACGUUCCUAAUAUUCGGAAGCUCACUAAUACUGGUAUGGUUGUCGCCAAGCACGUCGAGGAGAACUACCGCAAACCCAAAAAAGACGAUCCCCAAUGAUCUCUUCAUUAAGAAGGAUUGGAAUGUGAGGUGAAGGGGGUGAGCUGUAGAGAGAAGCAUGUGGAGGUGUUAAGCAUAGUUUAGUUAACUCUGUCAUUUGUUGCAGAGAUUUGAUUUCACAAGCAAGCUUGAUUAAGAAUACAUGUUCUGGGAUCCCAUGGAAGUCCUCAGUGGUGGUGUGGUGGCUUGCUGGUUUUGUAGCUUUCAUUCUUUGUUUUGAUCACUUACUCACUAAACUCAUCAGUGUUGUAUACUUUUUCUUUUUUCUUUUGCUCAAGAUGUAAUAACUUCACUUCAGCUUUAGCCAACAAACAUCUUGGUUACAUUAUUUAUGAUUAAAGGUCAUACAUAACUCUUCUUCUUUUA